AUGGUUCUUAAGUUAUACGCAGUAUCUGAUGGGCCCCCAUCUUUAUCGGUUCGACAACUAUUACAUCAACUUGAAAUACCUUUCGAGCUAAUUAACGUGGAUUAUGGUAAAGGGGAACAUAUGACAGCUGAUUAUGCCAAGAUGAACCCCCAAAAAGAGAUCCCCGUGUUAGAAGACGAUGGAUUUUAUCUCGGUGAGAGUAACGCUAUAUUACAGUACAUCUGCGACAAAUACAAACCAGAUUCAUACAUGUAUCCUCGGGAUCCAAAAUCAAGAGCCCUCGUGAAUCAUCGACUCUGUUUCAAUCUAUCUACGUAUUAUGCUAAUAUAUCUGCAUACACGAUGGCACCCAUAUUCUUCGACUACGAACGCACAGAGUUCGGUCUUAAGAAGGUAAACAUGGCGCUAGACGUGUUUGAAACAUAUUUAGAGAGACUGGGAACAAGUCACGCAGCCUCAGAGAAGCUCACUAUAGCGGACUUACAGUUGUUCAAUUCUACAAUGACCCUUGAAGCAAUAGACUUUGACUUUAGAAAAUACAAAAAGAUUCACACCUGGUAUAACAAUUUUAAACAAAACUAUCCCGAUUUGUGGAAGAUAUCUGAAGAUGCUAUGAAAGAAAUAAAAUAUUUUAUAGCCAACCCACCAGACCUGACCCAUUUAAAUCACCCGAUCCAUCCAGCUCGUCAAAUAAAAAAGAAAUAA